CCUCACACGCACCACGUGACAAAAUGUCCUCCCUCUUCCCAUCAUCUUCAUUCUUCAACAAACCCAUUUAACCCUAUUCCCCAUUCCCUUCCCAUUUUUCUCUCGCCAAGAUUUGCUUUCUCUCUCUCUCUCUCUCUCUAGAUCGCUUCUUCCAGCUAGCAUUUCCUACGGUGCUGUGAGGACUUAACUUUGGGAAUGGAGGAUGGCAAGGAGCCACGAGUGGAGCAGUCGGAAAAACCAUCCGCAGAGGAGGAAGAGGUUUUAAAGAAAAAGUAUGGUGGAAUCAUUCCGAAGAAACCACCACUGAUUUCUAAGGACCAUGAACGUGCUUACUUUGAUUCUGCUGAUUGGGCGCUUGGAAAGCAAGGUGUUGAGAAGCCUAAAGGACCACUUGAAGCCCUUCGGCCAAAAUUACAGCCUACACAACAGCAAACAAGAUACAGAAAGUCUCCUUGUGCUCCAUCCGAGGGCGAAGAUGGAGGAGGUGCUCCCUCUGAGGACACAGCUGCAAAUGAAUGAGAUUGCAUUUGGUCUUUUCAUCUGAAAACUGUGGACUGUUAUUCUGAAACCUAUAUUGGUGAUUGGUGAUGUUUUGUUGUUCUUGGGAACAAACUUGAUGAAGUUGAUGUGAUUUUAGCUAUCAGAUAAAAACAUUUACACCAACAUUACUGCUGUUGAAACUAAGCCAUUUUGAUAAUUCUAGUGUUCCAAAUUUUGUGGGACAUUAUUGUUGCUUUUAUUAUUAAUGAUGAAAGAGCCUGCAUAUGAGUAUGGAUAAGUA